AUGGAGGUAUCUAAUAGGGAGAUUAUGCAAAUACUUCAGAAGACCGUGAAUGGACAGAAAAAAGAUUCGGUGGAGAAUCUAGAUGAUGUACUUUGGGCCUAUCAAACAGCAUACAAGACACCCAUUGGUACAUCUCCAUAUCGCUUGGUGUAUAGUAAGGCAUGUCAUAUUCCUGUGGAGUUGGAACACCAAGCAUAUGAGAUAACUACUGUGGGGGAAAGAAGGUUAUUGCAACUGAAUGAGCUUGAUGAGUUUAGACUCCAUGCCGAUAAAAAUGCCAAGCUCUACAAAGGGGAGACAUAA